UUUGCAUAUGCCACAGCUGGUGAGAUAGUUUCUUUGACUUCAUUGCUGAUUGUAGCACCUGAGAAGAUUAGAGAAGCAGUUAUAGCAUUACGGGAUGAUAAUAAUUCUAAGCGAAAGCCGAAAAGAAAAACGAUCUAUGAGGCUGUUAUCCAAGAAGCACUGCGAAGUAAUAGCUCCAUGCAAAGUGUAUGCAGUGACAAAAGAAUUGUUUUGCUUAGAGAGAUUGAGCUCCUUCAGCUCUUUGGUGCUGCAAUUUUUGUGGAUGAGCAAACCUCACCGCUUAUCUCUAUUGUACAGGAAGGGGAUGAAGCUGUUCUUGAACUGGUUUUAAACACCAACAUCGAUGUUAACGAAAUAGAUGCAGAGGGUAAUACUGUUAUUCAAUGCAGCCUGAAGGGAUCGUCUGUGCCACAUAAGCAGCAAACCAGAAUCAUGCAGCUACUUAUUGCACACGGUGCCCGAGUUAGCCAAAAGAACAAGUUGGGUUUAUCUGCAGUACAUUUUGCUGCUGCAAAUGGAAAUUUAUCUGCACUUGAGAUGCUAUUAUCGGCCAACCCUGACUUGGUUCACAUCAAGACAGUUAUCAAAGAGACGCCACUAUUCUUUGCAGUGAAGAAUAAUCAUCUUGACUGUGUUGAGUUGCUUCUUCGAUUCGGAGCAAGUACAGAGAUUCAUAAUCUACGAAAGCAGAGACCAAUAGAGCUGACACAGUCACAAGAUAUACGUUUCCUCCUUAACCCAACAAAUAUCAGUUGCUUUAGCAAAGAAACGGAACUUGCACAGUCACAGCGUGCAAUUUCAAUAAAAGCAGAUGACGAAGAAACUCUUAGAUUCCUCGCAAAAUCCGUGCCACCAUGGCUCAUAAAGUUUGUAAAAUGGCUUCCAGGGUACCUCCGAGAUACAUCAGAGAACUGGAGAGGAGCUGGAUAUCCGCUCUCAUCACUUAAAGGUGAUUUCCGUGCUAUUUUUGGCCAGGAUAUCGAUCACAGCUCUAUUGGUUUCCCCAAGCUCAGCGACUUCAUCAAAUCAUUUCCAAAACUCUGUGAAAUGAAAGUCGUCCCCAUACGUAAACUUGGAGAUGCAACACAUUGGGUGAUGUUACCUGUUAAGUCCAAGUGCUCUCAGCUCAAAGGAAGACCUCCUGAGCCACUCAUUAUCAACAAUAAUGACUCUGUUGCUUCUCCCAACAAACCAAAAGCCUUAUCAGUUCCUCCAGGUUUUAAAUUCACACAAGAAGCACAUGACUCUAGAACCUUCAAUGAAGCACCAGAACCGAAACCUCAAGCACCAGAACCUCAACCUCAACCUCAACCUCAACCUCCUACAUUGGUUUCUUCUAACAACAACCGUUCUCAAAUAAAACAUCCGGUUCUGGAGACACUUACAAAGAUCAGAAACAGCACUUCCGUAUUCUUUCUUCGUGAGUUCGACUUUUAUCAAAGUUAUGAGACAUGUUUAAAGGAAGGAAUGUGUUUCUGGUGUAACAAGAAUAUGCUUCUAUGGGCAAACUUCCCAUGCCGACACAAACUUUGGUGCAGCUCUUGUAAACAACAGGUUACUCAAUCUACUUCAGGAGAAAAGAGCCUUGAGGAAGACCAUCAUAGGUGUGUGAUCUGUGAUGCAAAAGUGGAACGUUUCGUCUUGUCUCCACCCUCUGAAUCCGAUCAGCAUAGGCUUUCAAGUGGCCUCCCUAACAACCCUGAAUUAGCCACUUCAUUCCUUCAAUUCCUCAGCAUAAGGAAUUCCAUGAACAAGAUGAUGAUACAUCGGGGGAUAUAGGGGGGAAAGGAACUUACCCAACAACUUCGUAUGUGGUAAGUGUAUUUUGCUCAAUUUGUAAAUAAAAAUGAUCAUGCUGGGGUUAUGAAAGCUCUGCUUAAUAACAUUUAAAGUACAUAUGGUACAUUUAGAGGUCCAAACAGUUCACAUAUUAUGGAAAUCUAAAAUCUUUAACGGAAUACGAGUUU